CCUCCGUUCUUUCCUCUCUUCCUCGUUUUAAUACCCCUUCGCACCGAUGGAUUUCCUCCAGAAGGCCGCCGAGUCUGCUCUCGAAUCUGCCACUAAGAGCGAUAACAAGGAGCAGAAGGAGCAGAAGAACGAGAACAAGGACAACAACAACAACGGCAGUGGUAUCAAGACUGGCAAUGCCAUCGCUGACGGUCUCCUGGGAUCUUUGAACGGUGCAUUGGGAGGCGGUGCGCAGGGAGAGAAGAAGGAGGAUGCCCUCGACAAGGCCAUCGACCUCGUCCAGGAGCAUGUCUUCAAGGCCGGCCCUCAAAAUAACGAGAGCGCAGUUGAGCAGGCCAAGGACAGGAUGAUCGCCGACGCUAUUCGCGACGGGUACCAGAAGGUCACUGGCAAGGAGUUCCCCAUCGCGGAGAAGAAGUAAAUCAAGCCAGGUUUUCGACCUGAGGCGGAUGGGAAUAUUCGGACGAAGUUAAUGUAUUAUAUAUGGCAUAUUUAUGGUUUGGGGAAUAUCGAUGGGCAGUUGUUUCGUGUCUAUAA